AUGGCACGCAGUGCCCGGGGCGACAAGUGCUCCUUGUGCGGCAUGGACAGAGCUUGUGACCUGGAUGCAACGGCGCCAGGUUUGGCGGCGAAAUGGGCACAACGUCCACCACGACGUCGACGAAGUUCCGCGCGACCCGAUGCUAUCGGAGCUGGGCCAUGCGCAGGCCUGCGCAGUGUGCCUUUUGUGAGUGCUGGCUGCGAACUGCUGGUGGUGUCACCCUUGAGCCGCGCCAUUCAGACGGCCUCGGCCGUUUUCGGGGAGCUGCCGAUGUGCCGCACGGUGCUGACGCCGCUGCACUCGGAGAGCGCCUUGGGUGGACCAUGGAAGGUAGUGGAGAGUGAGGAGAGCGAGUGCCUGGAUGAGACGCUGCGGCUGCGUUCCGAGAUCGUGCGGAUCAAAGCACAAGGUGAGAAGCUGGAGGGCGUGCAAGAUGCCUCGAAAGGCUUCCAAGCAACCAAUGGAGUGCUGUGGUUCCAUCAAGAAGCAGGCAGCAAGUACCGAAAUAUCACGCCAAGAACCAUGAACAUCGAGAUGGCCAUGCUUUACGGCCAGAGGUUGAAGAGUGCCGCCAAGAAAGGACACCUUUUAAGGAACGCUGUGCGCCAAGCGACGGCGAAGGCGGCAGGACAGCUGCACGGCAUGGUGCACGAACUACUGCUGUAUUGUGGAGGCACUACUGUUUGCAUCUUCAAAAAUAUGGAGCUGUUGACUGGAAAACAACGCCCACCUCCAGCAUAUUUGGCUCUUGCAGACGGCGUGGCGGCGGCUCGAGAGGUGCCAAGAGAGGCAAUGCCACAGGAAGUGCGUGAGGAAUUGCAUGACGAAGGGCCGAGAGCCCUGCUGAUGCGCCCCAUGGAUGGCUCCGUCAGAUCAAAGGGGCCCUAUGGCCGUGGCAGAAGCCGUAGCAGUUUUUUUAGGCACCCGGAAGAACUGGCCGACUGCCAUCCUUGCCCAUUGGAGCUGCAGCCAGAUGCGAGGCACAGCAGCAAUGCCAUGGCACCGGAUGUGGCAGUGAGCCUCAGUGCUCACAGCCUCGCACCUGAGGCCUUGGUCUGGUCUGCUUGGGCCCAGGCCAUCAUCCUCCCACUCCUUGGUGCCCUUGGCAUGGCAUCCUGUAUCCUGCGCUUGGGAAGGUCAAAGGAUUUCAGGAUGGAAAUGAUGAGCCUCAUCGCGUCCCUCGAAAUUUUCUCUGUGCUCUCGGUGUGGGAGCAUGAGGUCUUGAGAGGCUUCGGGGAGCCGCCCACUGAGGAGCGGCAGCGCAUUCAGAUUGAAAUGUCUUGGGUCGACCACAUAGGUCUCAUGUCUUUGACGAUUCUGAAGCUGGGUGUUCUUGGGUGGCUGGGGGCGGCAAUUUCUUCUUUAAUUAUGUGGUGCUUUUGGUUGUCGCUUCGCUGGUUGCUUGGCCUGCCGAAACUGGGAUGGGCAGUUGCGAGCUGGUCAUUUCUGAUCCUUGCCACGGGGUUGCAGGCAUGGGCCUUGUGGGCGGCAGCAGACGAAGCAUCCAAAUUUCGAGAGAUUCGGAAGAACUGGGCAGAGCAAGUUGAUCGAGAGGUCUUCUUUCUUCGAUGUGCUGCAGUUCUUAGCAUUUGGGAUUCAGUCUAUAUGCCACUAGCAGAGCAUUUCGUUGUUCCUAAGGUUGGCUUUGCCUGGUACCUUGCUUUGGAUGCCUUUUUCAUGUUUGUCACGAUUCACGUCCUUGGAUUUGAGGCCGAGACUCUGCAAGACCUAGGCAACACGGCAAGACUCCAGGGCAAGCGAAUCGCUUUCCCAGGGAAGGUGAACCCAGAAGCCGAGGAUUGCAUUGUAAGCUUCCCGGGCAAGUAUAGCAAAGAGUGGGAUGAUGCGGUUAAGGAAGCACAGGGACAGUCAAGCCUCUGCAGCUUGGCCUGUGUUUUCUUAACCGAUAAGCAGAGCGGGCUCGGCGACCACGUUGAAGAUCCUGAAGUCGAGGAGGACCUGACGGAACAGAAGUUGUUGUUCCAGAAAAGCGAUGCUGAGGCGAUGGGCCAGGUUCUCCUCAUUCGGCAAGCAGAAAAUGAUGCUUCCUGGACCGCGAGGAAGAAAGAAGCACUCUUGAAAGCGGCCGCCAAAUGCAAGGAGAACCGCUACCGCGCGCCCUGGGGGUGCCGUUGGUUUGCCGACUGGAAGGAGAACGUGGACAAAGCCGGUCAGCAAGGGCAAAAGUUUCACGUUUUCUACUUUGAAGGGAAAGUGGGAUGUGGGAAAAUGGCUUGGAAGAAUAACCAGACAACCUUGCAGGACCUCAAAGAUGAGACGAAACUGCAGGAGGUUCGCGAUAGCACGGGCUUAGGCAAGUCGCAAACCGCAGAAGUCGCAUGGUUAGAUCGCUUGCGCAUCCCCUACGAGGCUGCGAUCGCGCCGGAUGCGACUUCUGCGGCCGGAAGGGGUUGGUCCGUGUUGGUUCCCAUCUCGGGGCCCUCACAAGACACCAGUUUCAACAAACCACCUUUAGUAACGAAUGGAUACGAAUGGUAUGCUAAUGGAUUGACUUGGCACGUGAAUGAGGGCGUGAAAUAUGAGUUUUAG